ACUACCAGACUGCUUUUGUUGCUACCAAUCUCUUUUUUUUUCUUUUUUCAACUAUUCCACUAUGGAUGAAGAAAUAGACACAUCGCCAGAUGUUGCGUGUUAUGCAUGCACAGGAAGGAAGCGUAAAGCAGAGCAGUCGUGUUUGCAGUCUCUGGCUUCGUACUGCGUGGACCAUUUGGAUAUGCACAAUGUUUUGCACCUGAACGCCAAGAGACACAAGCUGGUGGGGGCUACAGGAAGAUUCGAAGAGCGUCUGUGUCCCGAGCACGACAAGCUAAUGGAGUUGGAGCUCGGGAGCAUAAAGAAAGACAUUAACGACAGGAUUAAAACCCGACAGCGUGAAACAAAAGAAUUAAAACAAGCGACUGAGGCGUUCCAGACCUCAGCCAGGCAGGCUGUCGAAGACAAUGAGAACAGCUUUACAGAGCUGAUCCACUCCAUUGAGACUAGACAGCGUGAGGUGAAGGAGUUGAUCCUGGCUAGAGAAAAAGCUGCCGUGGAGAAGGCUAAGGAAUUUUUGGAGAGGCUGCCAUCAGAGAUCUGCGAUCUGAAGAGGGGGAUUGUAAACUCCAGCAGCUUGAAAGGCUCUUUCAGGCAGACAACGGCGUCCAUUUUUUACAACGCAUUCUGUCCACUCCAGCACUUACUUCAUCCCUGCCCUCCCCUGUUCUCUUCGUCCGUCCAUACUCUUCGUUUGAUCUCGCCUCUGAAGCCGUCUUGGACCUCGUAAACCGCUUGAGACAUGUUUGCAAUUUGCACUUCACAGCCAUCUCUAAACACGUGAAGGCUGCGAAAAUCCUGACAUCGCCCCCCGUUUUCACGAAGCGGGACGAUUUCAUGCAGAGUGCCUCCAAGCUCACGAUGAACCUCGACACAGCUCACGUGUCCCUCCACUUGUCCCAAAAUAACACCCAGGUGACGGCCGUGCAUCCUUCGCAGCACUACCCCGAGCACCAGGACAGAUUCGACUGCAGAGCGCAAAUCCUGUGCAAGGAAAGCCUUCGAGGUGCCCCGCACUACUGGGAGGUCGAGUACGGAGGCAGCAACUGGGUGUGCAUCGCCGUGUCCUAUAAAGGAAUCAGCAGGAAAGGAAAACGGGCUCGUCUCUUCGGAAGGAACCAGUGUUCCUGGGGCUUGCGCUGUUAUUCCACUACUUACCAAUUCUGGCAUGCUAACAAAUACGUACCUGUUACACAUAGCAAGCAUUGCUCUAGGAUUGGAGUGUAUUUGCAUCAGGGGGUUGGAGUUCUAGAGUUUUACAAUGUUUUAGAUGAUAUGAGUCUCAUCUAUAAAGCACAGAUCGGGUUUACCGAACCGGUAUAUGCCGGGUUCGGGUUGGGAGGGAAAAACACUCACAUCAGGCUCUGCAAUUUAGAGAGAUGAGGCCCUGAGUGGAAAAUAAAUGUUAGCUAACAUGGAUCAGAGAUUUUUACAAGGAAAACUAAAUCUUGUCACAAUUUAUAUCUUUAAGCAUUCUAUUUUUAAUUGUCUUACCACAAUAAAAUAUUGAUGACUCCUUGAAUCGAAUUGGUCAAAAGGCUU